UUGCCAAGAUGAUUGUGAUAUGGGUCGCACUGCUUGCUAUUCAUCAAGCAUACACACUUAUUCCAGUAACUACAGUUCAACUCGGUGAACCUGCAACUUUACUAUGUGACCUGCCUAAGACCGAGUUCAGCCGUAGAGUCGACUGGUACAAGCAGAGUCCUGGAGACUCUCUGCAAAGAAUUUGGACAGUGAAGGACUCUGCAGAACCUGCCUUUGCACCUGAGUUCAAAAACUCAAAAUGGGAUGUUAAGUAUGGCAAGAAUCUGACCAACCUGACCAUUUUGAGGACAAGACAAGAGGACGAGGGAAUCUAUCACUGCGGAUUCACAGCGUGGCUCCAAGAUACCAAAUGGACUGCGACAUAUUUGUUAGUAAAAGGAAACACCCAGAAAACAUCGAACUAUUCUGUUGUUCAAAAGAAGAUAGCAACUCCAGGAGGCUCAGUCACUCUUCAUUGUUCACUCCUCUCUAAUUUUGAUAACAAGACAUGUUCCGGAGGUCUCAGUAUGUUCUGGUUUAGAGAAGGAUCAAAUCCAUCUCAUCCUAGCAUCAUCUACACUGAUGGAAACAGACAUCAUGAAUGUGGGAAUAGCUCUGCGACUCAGCAGAGUUGUGUUUAUCAGUUCAAUAAAAGUAUUAGCUCCUCAGAAGAAGGGACUUACUAUUGUGCUGUGGCUACAUGUGGGAAGAUAUUGUUUGGAAAAGGAACUAAAUUGCAAAUAGAGCAAAGAAGAGGUUCUGAAUUUUCUGCACUGGUGAUAGCAUUAGCCUGCUUGGCCAUUUCUGUGAUUGUCAAUAUUAUUUUGAUCUGUUGCCGAAGCCCAAGAGCAUCAUGCGAACAAUUUAAAAGCGCUGUCCUGCAGAAAAAUUGUAGCGAUCAGAAAAGACAAAAGAAUAAGGACACGUCUAUGUUUUCUGCUGUUGUCUUUACAAUGAUGAAGGCUGACAGAGGGAAAAUAGAGGAUGCAAAGGCAGUUGAGAAGCAGAUCUACAUGGCCAAGUCUUUUGGAUUGGAUUAGUUCUAUUUACCCACCUUAUGAAAUUAU